UCUUCUUCUUCUCCGAUACCGGCCACCGCACCUUGCUCCCGCCGCCGCCGCUGCCACCCGCAGGUGAUGCGAUGGAUCCGACCACUGCUACCAUGACACCACUUUCCUCGGGGAGGCACCGCAGCCCUAAGGCGAAGCGGCGGCGGCACGCGGCGCCGCAGCCUCUGGGAGACGUCACCAACCUCCUCAUCCCGACCAACCCUACCACCAGCCCGCUCCCCUCCGACUCCGCCUGCUGCUCCAUGUCUUCCUCGCUCACUCCCGUCUCCAAGCCUUCUUCCGCCGCCGCGAGUGAGGAGCGUAGCUUCGUUAAAUCGACCAUCUCCACCGUGUAUACAAGCACAAGGCGCAAAACCACCGAGAAGAUACCAUUCCGUGCCGGAACAGCAAGGAGCUGCCCCCCUCCAGACACCGUAGCAAGGACAAACAGUAGGAAAACCUCCAUGGCUCAGGGUACUCGGCCUAUUUCAUCCUCAGCUCCUUGUCAUCGAUCUAAAAAGGACAAGAGCACAAGGAUGCCGAUUACGUCUUUCUAUAAACCUGUACUGCCAGAAGAUUUUGUCAAGAAACAGAGAGCAUACUUCGAGGAGAUUGAUGCCUUUGAACUGCCAGAGGAGGAGGCCUCAGGGACUGACCUGGAGUGAAAACUCGAGUUAAAUCAGUGCAGCUAGCUUGUGUGAAAUUACUAGAAUGUAUGACGACACUACCUGUACAGAAGUAUAAUCGUAUAGUUCUACAACAAUGUAGUUGUGAGUUAUAACCCGUGUAACAUAGUCAUCACCAGUCAUAGCCCUACUGACGUUCGCUUUGUCUGCUUAUAGUUGUACAGUAUCAGGCACUCCGUACUGACUACUGAAAUGUCAAGAUGAGACCGGUGUUUUCACCGUUCGGCCUAAAUAUAGGCUAUGAUCUUUGUUUUGUCUGGAAGUAACUGAGGG